GCAGAGUCAGAUUUUUGGUCUUGACUUUGAGAUCUUUCCAGCAUUCCCAUCUUUGUCCGCAGUAAGAUACUUCAAAUCAUACUCCCUGAUCCUUAUAUUCCUGGUACUGUAAAGGAUAGGAACCAUGAUUUAGGGAUAUUGACUUUGGUUUGGUCUAGCUUGCUUUGCAGUGUUCUGAAUGCUGUGAUACAUUGACUGCUACUUGUGAAUUGGAGGAGAGACUUAACGAGCUAUUGAAGUAGGGUCUUAUCCAGAAGAGGGGUUUUGGGAGAUAAGAGCACUGUUCCAAGUUUAAUGGCAACUUAAUAAAAGUCUAGGUCGUGAAAGAAAUGGGUGUCCAAUGCCUUGUUUGGGGAACUGGAGGAAAACAAGAAGUGAACUAGUAUGCCCUAGGAAGAGAGAAGCAUGUCACGGGAGUUUUUAUUAGGCAAGAAAAGCAAGGUUUAACUUUCUCUGGGUGAGGCAGUCAGAUGGGUACAUUAGUGAAAGGAAGGGUGAGAUUUAUUUUGUGACCAUUAACUAAAGGGCACUGUACUACCCAAUGGUAUGCAGAGCGAUAGGUGGCCUGGUGAUAAGAAGAGGAAUAAACUUACGAGGGAGGCACAGGGUGUGGACAGUCUACGGCUCUGGGCCUCUAGGGAGAUGGACACAGGACUCUCAGGGUUGCUGCUCCUGCUGUGUGCCCUGCGCUGGGCUGAAGGUGCAAAGGUGCUGGUGUUUCCUGUGGAUGGCAGCCACUGGCUGAGCAUGAAAGAUGUCACCAGGGAGCUCCAUGCCCGAGGCCACCAGAUUGUGGUCAUGGCUCCCGAGGUGACUCUGUACGUCAAAGGAGAGGACUUCUUCACCCUCCAGACCUAUCCCUCUCCGUACACCCAGGAAGAAUAUCAGAAGAACAUACUGGCCAACACUAAGAAGGCCUUUGAAGCACAACAUUUUGUGAAGAUGUUUUUUGAAACUAUGGCAACUAUAAGAAAAUUUUCAGAACUCCAUGCAAAUUCUUGUGCUGUUCUACUGCACAAUGAGACCCUGAUCCAGCAACUGAACUCCAGUUCCUUCGAUGUGGUCUUAACGGAUCCUGUAUUUCCCUGUGGGGCAGUGCUGGCCAAGUACCUUCAGAUUCCUGCCGUGUUUUUUCAACGCUCCAUUCCCUGCGACAUAGACUAUGAGAGCACACAGUGUCCAAACCCUUCUUCAUAUGUUCCAAGGCUACUCACAAGAUUUUCUGACCACAUGAGCUUCUUACAAAGAGUCAAGAAUAUGCUGUACCCUCUGACCUUGAAGUACAUUUGCCAUAUCUCAUUCACUCCCUAUGAAAGUCUGGCCUCUGAACUUCUGCAGAGAGAGGUGUCCUUGGUGGAGGUUCUCAGCCAUGCAUCCAUGUGGCUGUUCCGAGGGGACUUUGUAUUUGACUACCCUAGGCCUAUCAUGCCUAACAUGGCUUUCAUUGGGGGUAUAAACUGCAACAGGAAGCCACUCCAUCAGUCCUCACAGAGGACACUGGUGUGA